UUGGCGCCAUGUUAUAGCUCUGUAUCCUCUCUCUUCAUGCCGCAGCACAUUUAAUCCAAACAUAAAUAUAAAGGAUUGUUGGAAAUUUGAAUUUGAUGAGAAGUGAAACCCCGAUGUGCACCAAAAGGAAAGCGUUUUAGAUCGAAUUCGGUACUGUCGAAAAAGUUAAAUGGAUUGUGAAGAUAGUAAACUUGUUGGUGAGACUAUGUCGUCGAAGAGUCGCUUCGGACGGACUAGGAAACCAAAAAUUUCACAUGAUUUCUGUAAUAUUGAUGACCUGUUCACUUCACCGAGCAAGUCAUUGCUGAGAAAGCAAAAGUCAGCAGGCAAGAGGUUUAGAAAAUCUAAAAGCGUUUCACCGAAAAGCGUCACUCACAAUUAUGAAAGUUUAACAAAGAAAAGGGUCUCAUCUGAAUUAAAUUUCCGUAGAAGGUUGUUUAAUCGACCGUCGUCAACGUCAUUCGAGGCCAAAGACGCUGAUGAGUCUGAUGAUGAUACUAAUAAGUUUAUAGACUUUAGGCAAGUAUUUUUGUCAUCUCAGAAGCCAAUUCUGAAGACAUACAGCAAUAGGAAGAGCAUUGUCAGAGAGAAGCCGGAGGUAAAGUUCCCAGUACCUGAUGAAUCAUCAAACACUCAUUACAUUCAAGAAUUGGACGUUCAAGCCAACACUGAUGACGUUAACAUCCAUGAGAACAAAUUUGGUCUAUGCCCUUGGGAGUCUCUUGGUGAAGCCGAAACCAGUAAUGUUCCAUUGGAAGAUCUUUUUAUAAAGGAUGAUGAGCUAGAAUUCCUUUUCAACGAGGAAGAUAAUACGUAUAGCACCGAGAGUUUUAGUGAUAACGAUAUACCAGUCGAAAGUGAUAUUAAUACGUUAGAGAGUACCGAGCCUAAGAUGAUCGGCAAUGAUGUGGUCUCACCACGAAACAAUAAGAGAAGUCGGAAGAAGCAGCAAACAGUGGAAACUCCUAAGACGAAAAACGUUGCGUCGCCGAAGCCCCUCAAGUCAAGAUCGUCCUCAAAGUCUACCAAAGAAGUUUUAUCAGAUAAAAGGCAUUUGAAAUCCAAAGAAUCCGUGAGGAAUAAAAGCGAUGAGUCCGAAUUAGUAGAGGAGGUUUUGUCUCCUAGGGCUUCCGAAAAAAUUGAACAAGAGAUCCUGUCGCCGAGGGCUUUGAGAGCCAUAAAAAAGAAGCAGCGUGAGGAUAGCCUUGAAUCGGAGAAGAGCGAUAACCAAAAUGGUAAAGAAGUAGAGCCAAAGAUGGAGCUUUGUCCUUUGAGAUUAGAAAGUAAAAUGAACGCGAGUCCUAAGAGAGGACGUGCGAAAAGCAAAAAGAUGGAAGUGACGGUAUCAGCAGCACUUACCAUCAGCAAGAACGAUGACGUUGUGAACAAUCCGUUGGUCCACGAACGCUUGAAUCAGAACUGCGAACAGCAAAAGUCUGAAGAGAAUGAGAACCCGUCGGAGAAUACUAAGUUUGAGGAUGAGCAGAGCAAAGUACCAGAGACGGAUAAGAACGACGAGACUACGGAUAAAUCGGACAACAAAAUCUUGGAGAUAGAUAAGAAACUGAACAUUGACACCAAGGUAAAUGAAAUCAUACAAUAUAAGACUGAAUACAAUGGAUCACAUUCCUAUAAUUCUAAUACAUCUCAUGUAGAUUUAAACUGUACAAAGGAGAAAGUGGAAAAAACUGCGUUGUCGCCAGUUGAUAAAGAUAACUUGAUGAACGGUAGCUCUGAUAUUCAAAGCGCCGAAGAACCAAGACAAAAAGACACUUUGGAUAUGGAUCUUUUUCCAUAUACAGUAUUAAGCGAUACCACCAAACUAGCUCAAACUUCGACGCCUAAAAAGCAAUUAAUUUGUAAGAUUAACAUAGAUAAUUUGACAUCAAUUAUUUACAAAGAUCACAAUUAUUUUCUAUCGAAAUCGAACGCAAGCUCAAUCAAUCCUGCAGAACAGGAGAGCGCCAGUUGUGCCACGAAUAGUAAUGCGAUCGAAUUGUUCUCUCCGAUAGUCAAAGGCGGAGAAGCGUCUUCGCGCGAUUUGCUUCAGGAAAGCAACGAUUCCAACGAGUCAAUUAAUCUAGAAAAAAUCUUUAAAGAAAGUAAAACGGAGAGCAAAGAAAAGAAACCUAAAGUUUUGGUUGAGGUACUCAACGAAGAUAUGUACUCGCUCCCAGAAAGGACAACCUUCAUGCGCAACAGGAUCGAAAAGAAAUCUAAGAAAUUACAGCUCGAGGAGAAUUACCAUCCAAUUAUCAAACAUUCAUUGGAAAUAAACGAAAACCCCGAAAUCGAACUGUUGAACAACAAUGAUAAAGUAUUGAUUGAUGAUGAUGUUUGCAGCAUUUUCCCUCCACACAACGAGAUUAAAUUCAAGUUGAAUGAAAUGGUGUGUCUAGGAAAAACCAUCCUCCAAGAGGAUGACGAAAUGAUUGAGUCUAAGCGCGUAGAACAGAAUGAAAGCAGGAUAAACAUCAAAGAUCCAUCGACAAAUAUGGAGCAACCUGGAAGGAAAAGCGGUGCGGAAAAGGUGGAUAAUUCGAAAAAGUGCUCUAUUAGUAACGUGAGGUGCGCUGAAACCGUAACGGAUGAAAAUGUCCUUGCUGAUGUGGAGAGUAAAUCCGCCGAGAAUGUUGUAAUGAAUUUCGAAACCAUCAACACUCAGGACAUUUUGAGCGAGAUCGAAAAGAUUUUGGAACCGAGUCCUCCGAACAAGAAAAAGCAGGAGGUUAGUACCAGCGCGAAAGAAAAUUUAGAGAGCAAUAAAGAGGACAAAGAGAAUUUGGCGAGGACCGCUACCAAGCCUAAGGCUGUGGAAAGUCCAAGAAAUAGAAAAUCGCGUUUCCUUAUAGAUGUAAACCCUAUCAACAAAGAGACUUAUAUACCGGCUGCAGAAAAAGGGAUUUUAAUUCAAGCCGAAGCUGAGUUUGAUACUAUACCAAUUAGAAAUUUACGUUCCAGAAAAACGCAAUUGCCAAUUGCCGAAAGUACAGUCGUUAGAAGUGAACAAAUGAAUACUUCUAUAACAAGAGAAGAGUCUGAAAGUAUACAAGUCAAUUCAUCGGUGGUGGAAGAGGUGAAGGAAAUUGCAGAAGAAAUGACAAAGGUUUCAGAGGGCAACGGGAUAGAUGAUGACAGUUGUAAAGCAGAAAUAGUCAAAGCUAAGUUACAGAGUGAAGAUGACAUUAGUACAUUUUGUAUAAGAAGUUUAAGAUCUGGACGGGUUAUGGAAGAGCCCAAUGAUACAUGUGUAAAACUUAAAAUGGAAGACACUAAAGUGGAUGAUUCAACUGUAGAAGAAAAUACUCCUGAUGUGGAGAUAGUGGAGGCAGUUACGGUUAGAGUCGAUGAUGAUAUUGAAAUAAAAAUCAAUUCAGAUUUCACUUUUGGUAAUUUGAAAAUUAAGAAAGAACCUAUAGAUGUUGAUAUGAUGGACGCUAUGGAAGAAAAUGAGCUUACUUCAUUAACUACUUUGGUCGAAAAACAUGAGACGCAAGAGAAAUUGGAUGAGGUUGCAGAAGUUGACGUUUUGGAUAAGAAGAAGGUGGUUCCAGUGCGAAAUUUGCGAAUGCGAAAGAGUUUGGUGCCUAAAGAAUCGCCUAUCGAAGUUGAUUUGGCGGUAAAUGCUGCUGAUCUCAAUAAGAAUGGGAAGUCCGAGGAAGUGGAAAUCGUCUCGAGCAGGACCUUGAGGUCGAGGAAAUCCAUAGUCGGAGAUGCUGAAAAGAGCUCACAAGAUGAUAACAUCAAGGAGGAACAGAACUCGGAUCGGAGAAAAUCGUUAAGGGCGCGAAAAUCCGUAGUAGAAAAGAAGAAAAUUGAGGAGCGUCCUGCAGCAAAGAAGAGGAAGUUAGACGAUUCUGUGGCUUACCUUAAUGACAUUAUGGAUGAUGUCGAGUACAUUAAGAAUUCUUUGAAAAUUAAGCCGGAGGUGGCGAGAAAAAGGAUCAAGCUGGAUCCGGAUGUUGUUAUCAAGAAGGAGAUGGAGGAUGAGGACGUGAUGCCGUCUUCGAUGGUCAAGGUAGAAAUUAAACAAGAGCCGGGCGGUGAAAGUUGCCUAAUUCCAGAUGCCCAUAACGAUGACGACGAAAUCCUCAAAAUUCUUCAAAUGUGUUUGAAAGGUAUGCACAAGUUCAAGAUGGGCGAAUUAGCAUACGCGAGAUUAGGAAAGUGUGUCUAUUGGCCGAGCCUGAUCAUCAAGGAUCCAUGUAACGAUAAGUUCACUAUUGCAGCACCAGACGGUAAACCUGAACAUCUCCAGUAUCAUGUGAGAUUUUUCGGGGAUAGGGGUCGAAGGUCAUGGGUGAGAAUAUGCAGUAUGUUACCAUUUACUGUGAAUCUGCCCGAAAUUUACAACAUUUUUAAGAGGAAGAAGGCGUCGGAGAGACUGGCCCCGAUUGAUCACUUCAAAGUGAGCAGAUUCCCAAAGUGGUUCAGAGGGAUGCAGGAGGCGAUGCCGCUAAUCGAUAAACCUCUGGAGGAAAAGCAGGAUUUUUUCCAACUGGUCAUUGAACAGGAUACAGAAAAACGGUCUAAGAUACGCAAGGGUAGGUCAGAGGCGAGAAUUAAGCAAGAGGUGGAAGAAGAGGAGUCUGAGUGUAACAGCGUCGAAGAAUCACUGGAUUCGGAUGCGAAUUAUUCUUUGAGGAAGAGGACGAGCGAAAUCAAGCAGGAAUCUUCCGAGUCAAGCGUGGAGGAGGUCAAGGAGGACAACGAAGUGUGUUCAGAGUCGUCGGAGACGGAUCUGAUAUCGCCCAAAUGGACUUUGAAACCACCGCUCGUCAUGAACAAGGAGACCCAAACGGCAUUGUGGAGACGAAACAAUAUAUUCCGAGGAGUGCGACGCGAUCGUGUCUGUCAGAUUUGUUAUUUACCUGAAGAUGUCUUGAAAUGCCGCGGUAAAUGCUCCGGGUAUUAUCACAGGAGUUGCGCGAGUGAUCUGAGUAGAAUCAUAAAGGUGGUUAGGAAGGGUAAACUGAAGAUGGUCAACGAGAACACCGGAAAUGAGGUGGAGGUUGUUUCCAUCAAAACUAAGAAGUAUCAGUCGCCGAAGAAGUUGUCGCUUGAUAAGGAAGCGGUGAAGGAUCUGACAUUGCUGGAGCAGUUCGAUCUGAAGAUGAAGGAAGUCAUGAAUCCCAUUGAAGAGAAGACGAUAUACGCUGAUUCUACGACUGAUAACAGUUCAGAGGAUAGCUCGUCGCAGCAAAUCGAGAUCUUGGAGUCCUCUCUGAAGAAUACAGAUGAGUUCAGGUGCGGUAAGUGCUUGGCCAACAUCGAUCCUCCCUGUCACAUGUGCGGAUGCAAUGUAAGUCCUCGUGGAUCGUCGGCGCGGCAGAGAUGCACAGUCGUUGGUUGCGGCAAGACCUUUCAUCAGGAAUGCCUAAGACUGUGGCCGCAGACGCAAUUUAGCCUGAUUAAGAGCAGCAACAACGAGCAGGAUGCAUUCUACUGCCCGAUGCACACAUGUCAAAUAUGCGUGUCGGAUAAUCCUCGCACCUUCCACGCUCGAAUAACUACGAACAAGAUUGCAAGAUGUCUUAAGUGUCCGGCGACUUAUCACAACAACAGUCGCUGCAUACCAGCUGGAUCAAACGUGAUCACUGCCAGCCAGAUUAUAUGUCCUAGGCAUUAUGUCGAUUCCAAACAGACAACAGUGAACACGACCUGGUGUUUCAUCUGCUCGAAAGGAGGAGCGCUGAUAUGCUGCGAAAUUUGUCCUACGAGUGUCCAUUCGGAGUGUUCGUCUAUUAACUACCUGGAGGAUGGAUCUUACGUCUGCGAGGAUUGCGAAUCCGGCCGUUUGCCUCUGUACGAUGAGAUCGUCUGGGCGAAAUUGGGGAGCUACCGUUGGUGGCCUGCCCUGGUCCUCUUCCCGAACGAGAUCCCCGAAAACGUGAUGAACAGUUCGCAUCAUCAAGGACAGUUCGUGGUGAGAUUCUUCGGAACCCACGAUCAUUACUGGAUCGGUCGAGGCCGCGUCUUCCUCUUUCAAGCGGACGACGUGACCGUUUCUACCAACAGGUACAGAUCGCGCGUGGACUUUGUCUACCAACAGGCCGUGAAGGAAGCAGCAGAAGCGCAUAGGUUCAAGCUAGAGUAUAAAGAUAGUUGUGAAUCCCUCCUCAAGGACAGUGACAAACCUCCAACGUUCAUCAAAAUUAAAAUUAACAAACCAGUUGGUAACGUGAAAUUGGGUGAUGCGUCAAACACAAGCAAUGCUAUGGCCUGUACCUGCGAUCCGGAUGGUCCGAGUCCUUGCGGCGAAUCUAGCGACUGUCUGAAUCGGAUGUUAUUGACCGAAUGCGAUUUGGAAGUCUGUCCGGCCGGUGAGCGUUGCGAGAACCAACGUUUCGACAAGAGGCAAUACGUUAACGUUCUACCCUACAAUACGAAGGGUCGAGGUUGGGGUCUGAAGACGCUGGAACCCGUAAAGAAGGGUCAAUUCGUUAUAGAAUACGUGGGCGAAGUCAUCGACGACAAGGAGUACCAGAGACGGAUCAAGAAAAUGCAUGAACAGAAGAUCGAUAACUACUACUUCCUGACCAUCGAUAACACCAGAAUGAUCGACGCCGGCCCUAAAGGAAAUGUUGCGAGAUUUAUGAAUCACUGCUGCGAACCGAACUGUGAAACGCAGAAAUGGACGGUGCGUUCAAUCACGAGGAUAGGUCUGUUCGCCAUUCAGGACAUUCCCAAGGACACGGAGUUAACGUUCAAUUACAAUUUCCAAUGCGUCGGCGAAGAGAAAAAGGAGUGCCGUUGCGGAGCUCCGAGCUGCAGCGGUUUCAUAGGGGCCAAGAAAUCAGCGGAUGUUAAGAAACAGAAGAAACCUUCAUCGAUAAAGGUUUCGACACCGUCACCAGUGGAAUCGCCGGUCGAAGAGGAGCCUUGCUUCGAGUGCGGUGAAACCGGUCUCGGAGAAACCUAUCCAUGCCACAGCAAGUUAUGUACCAAGUUUUACCACCCGAAAUGCGUGAACCUGGAAACGAAAAUGCACAGUAAAUGGACUUGUCCUUGGCACAAUUGCAACAUGUGUUCAAAACGCACCAUCAGAUGCUGCCUCUUCUGCACGAAUUCUUAUUGUCCUCUGCACUGCGAAGGGAAGAUGAGGCACGACCGGAUGCUGGGAUACGUGUGUUUUUCACAUGAUCCUGAAAGGGAAGUGGCCAAUCACGAUGAAGGAUUACAGAAAUCGAAAUCGCCGACGGACGAAUCCGAUGUAACUUCGACCACUUACGAGGCGGACGACAGUGCGAGUUCCAUAGCCGAAGACUCGUGCCAUGCAACGACUACAACGACAGUAGUGAACAGCGUUAAAGGCAAGAAGAGGAGACGAUCUUCGCGAACGUCCCUGAACAACAAGAAACGUUCAAAAACCGAAGGACCCCUCGGCGAGAACUGAAGACCACAAUCAUCAUCAGAUGCGUCUAUCAUAUAUUCGUCUACCAAUUAUUAUUUUUUUUAAUACAUAAUUUAUAAAUAUUCACUGUGAUUUAGAUAAUAUGUAGGUUGUGUUAUUUCUUUCUUUCACUAUCUUCUCUUCUAUCUUUUAUUUUAUUUUUUUUGUUGUUGUCAUCUAAAUGUAUGUAUUAUUUCCUGUAGAUUAUCACCAUCAUCUUUACUUGUUUUUAACUCCCAACCUUUAUUUUAACUUACCAUUUACUUAUUAGAAGAGGAAUUUACUUUUCUUCAGUUUUUACGUUUAUUUUAUGCAUUUCUCAAUCCCCCAACAUACAUUUAAAAAAAGAAACAACCCCAUUGUACAUUUUUUGAUAAUAUUUGUAUAUUGAUGUAGAAACAGUGGAAGAUGUUUGUUCUAUUUUAUGUAAAUAUUGAGUUUUAUUUUAUUUUUUCCCUCCGUAGUCUCUUUAAGAAAAUACGGUUGGACAACAAACAAAAUAUAUGAAACAUGUUUUGACCAUUUUUUUUUUAUUUGAAACUAUUAUUAAUCUUGAGAUUAUUUCUACCAGUAUUUGUUGUAUUUCUUGAAAAUGUUUUCUGUUUUUUUUUUGUUUGUGGA